AUGCAUGCGGCCAUGGGAGACACAGAAGCAGCAGCAGCAGCAGCAGCAGCAGCAGCAAUUUCAGCAGCAGAAACGACAGCAGCAAAGGCAGCAGCAGCAACAGCACUAACAAUAACCGUAGCAACAACCACAGAAGCAGCAGCAACUGUAGCAGCAGCAGCACUAACAGCAGCAGGAGCAGCACUAGCAGAAGCAACAGAAGCAGCAACAGCAGCAACAGAAGCAGCAGCAGCAGCAGCAGCAGCAAUUUCAGCAGCAGAAACGACAGCAGCAAAAGCAGCAGCAGCGACAGCAGCAACAGCACCAACAAUAACCGCAGCAACAACCACAGAAGCAGCAGCAACUGUAGCAGCAGCAGCACUAACAGCAGCAGGAGCAGCACUAGCACCAGCAGCAGCUCUAGCAGCAGCUGCUGCUGCAGCAGCACGAGCAGCAGCAGCACUAGCAGCAGCAGCAGCACUAGCAGCAUCACCAGCAGCAGCACUAGCAGGAUCACCACUUGCAGCAGCACCAGCAGCAGCACUAGCAGCAGCAACAGCAGCACCAGCAUCAGCAGCAGCAGCAGCAGCAGCAGCACCACCACCACCACCAGCAGCAGCAACAGCAGCAGCAGCAGCAGCAGCAGCACUGCUCAGCAGCAGAAGCAGCAGCAGCAGAAAGAGGAGAGGCAGCAAUAGCAGCAGCUGCAGCAGCAGGAAUAGCAAAGCUAGCAGUAGUAGCAGCAGCAGCAGUGCGACGAGUAUCAGCAGCAGCAGCGGUGCGAAUAGUAGCAGCUCGCUAGCAGCAGCAGCAGCUGCUGCAGCAGCAGCACUAGCAGCAGCAGCAGCACUAGCAGCAUCACCAGCAGCCGCACUAGCAGGAUCACCACUUGCAGCAGCACCAGCAGCAGCAGCAGCACUAGCAGCAGCAACAGCACCACCAGCACCAGCAGCAGCACCAGCAGCACCACCACCAGCAGCAGCAGCAGCAGCAGCAACAGCAGCAGCAGCAGCAGCAGCAGCAGCAGCAGCAGCAGCAAGUGUAUCUGACUUGUUUGGCUAUGCAGCAGCAGCAGAAGCAGCAGCAGCAGAAACAGGAGAGGCAGCAACAGAAGCAGCUGCAGCAGCAGGAAUAGCAAAACUAGCAGUAGUAGCAGCAGCAGCAGUGCGACGAGUAUCAGCAGCAGCAGCGGUGCGAAUAGUAGCAGCAGCAGAAACACCAACAGAGGCUGCAGCAGCAGCAGCAGCAGCAGCAGCAGUAGCAGCAGCAGCAGCAGCACGACGGACACUCAGCGCCUGCAGCAGCAAACAGCCAUCGAAGGAGGAGGGGGGAACGCCAUCAAGACAACGAGUCGUCAUUUUCGCUGCUGCUGCCUCUGCUGCUGCUUCUGCUGCUGCUUCUGCUGCUGCUGCUGCUGCUGCUAUUGCCGCUGCUGUUGCUGUUGCUGCUGCUGUUGUUCGAGAUAGUGGAGGACGACAAGCUGCUGUUGCUGCUGAAGCUGCUGCAACGGAAACGGCAGCAACAGCAGCAACAGCAGCAACUGCUGCAGCUGCUGCUGCUGCAGCAACCGCUGCAGCAACAGCAGCAGCGACUGCUGCAGCAGGAUGCAAACUCCAUGCCUUCGUACCACCAGAAAACUGA